AUGGAUGUCGCUGAACAGAAGAAUGAUAGUAGCGAGCCCACAAUACGUUGUGAACAAUUGCGUGAAUAUAAUGGAGAUUCUUCAACGAACAGAACCACAAGCAGUGACGAUAUUGUGAAGGAUCUCCUCAAUGAGGUUCGACAUCUGGAAAAGCCGUUUACCGUUGAGGACUUAACGUCGAAAAAGAAGGACAAAGAGAAGAAAAAAUCGAAGGAGCACAAACACAAGAAGUCGAAAAAGAAGAAGAAGAAGCAUCGCUCGAAACGUGAUCGAAGUGGUUCUCGCAAACGUUCCAGGUCUCGUUCUAAGUCAAAGAAGAAACACAGGAAAAGGUCUAGAAGUCGCUCAAGGUCAAACUCGAAAUCCCGUUCUAAAAGUGGAACUCCGUCCAGAAUUCCAACCCCCUUAAAAUCUGAAUCCGAAGAAGAUGAGACGUCUGCUGUGAAAAAAGAGCCGGAAGUGACUUCAACUCCAGAGAAGAGCCCAUCUUUCCCUGAAAAGUCAUCGAUUCGCGAAAUAUCUGACGAAGAUGAUCUGCCAGUUGGCGCCGACUUCCGCACGGUGAUGAAGGAAGCGAAAAAGAAAAUUAAUAUAUCGAGCAAAAUAGGUUCUUCGUUAGAUUUAGCAGCUCUUCCUGUUGCUCCUCCACUUGCCAAACCACGAUCCUCUCACGCUUUCCCAUUGUCGAAAACCUCAAAGAAGGAUGAGGAUGAUGAUCUACCCCUACAUUAUACUGAGAAGCGAGAGUCAGACGUUCUUAACAAGGUUAUUGCUGAAAAAGGCCGUGGAGACUUUAUUCCUCGUAAUCUGAAAGUGAAAACCGCUGUUUCGGAUAGCUUGGCAACACAGAGCCAACCAAAAACCGAAGAUAUUGGCGUCGAUAUGAAGCCGUCGGAUAAGCUUAAUUUGAUGGAUGUAUCCGCUGAUGAGACCGAAAAAGAUGAGGAGUUUGGUCCGUCCUCUCUUCCUCCCAAGUUUGCUCCAACUACCAGUUCGGCCAAAGCAACUGAGUCCGGUCCAGCUCCAGAACCGAUUAGUGACGGAGAGCUGGAAAAGGAGAUAGCAGAAGAAAUCAAUGCGGCAGCACAACCAAAGUCAACUACGAAGAGCUCCAGGUUGGAAAAAAUUGUUGAAAGCUCGUCGGCUUUGAUUUCCAAGAAUGUAUCACGGGAAACCAGUAGAAGGAAACGCCGCAGAUCUCCAAGGAAACGCAGCGCAAGCCCAAAUACAGACGAAGAGCUGAGGAUAAGAGCACGAAAUGCCCGCUCAAGUAAGGUCAUGAAGAGGGUCGCAUCGCCACCUCGACCACGUGGUCGCCGACGCGAUGAUCGCGAACGUCGCUCGAAAUCGCGACGCCGAUACUCAAGAUCAAAAAGCAGAAGCCGCUCGUAUGACAGAUAUCGGCGAAGAUCGAGGUCGAGAACUCGCAGCAGAAGCAAAAGUCACAGUAACGACCGUUAUAGGUCUCGUCGAUCUCGAUCAAGGUCAUCAGCACGUAGCAGAAGUCGUAGCCGUAGUUCUAGUCCAAGUAGAAGUAGGAGUCGGAGUUUGAGUCGUAGCAGGUCACCAAGAUCACCUAGACGUGAUAUUGGAGGUGGAGCCAGGCGACGAACUGGUGGUGGUGGUCGCAACAAGAGAGGUCGAAUUGAUAAGGCCAAAUUAUUGGCGAUUGCGAGAAAGAAAGCACAGAAAAUGCAGUUGCUUGGUAUUAAUCUCGGAAGUUUGGAUCAGAUGCAGAAUCAGCCGAAGAGUGUGGACGACUUUGUUUCCUAUUGCCAGCAAAUCCAGCGACGUCAAGAUAAGGAAGAUCGGCGAGAAAAAGGCGAAAAUGUCUCGAGUGAUGAUGAACCAGGAAAGUCCGGAUCAGGUGCUGCGAGCCCAACCUCCUUUAAGCAUCCGUUUGGUGUGAAAACUACUGGACAAGGCGAAGGCAUUAAGAUAAACAUAGUGAAUGCUACGACGAUCCCGACAAAGACGCCACAAGAGCGAAUUCUCGACAAUUCGCAGUUACGAUUAGUCUAUCCGGUGUCUUCGGGAGUCACACACAAAGAGAACACACUUCAGGAGAGAGAUAAAUGGACACCAGUUGUAAAGACCGAGUUAAAGACCUGUUCGCUUGAACAGAAAAAAUAUGUGGGAAUCACUAGCCUGGAGGCACAAAAAUACCAUAGUUCGAUCUCAUCAGUUGACCAUCUUCUACCACCACCGCCAGCUCCACCGAUUCUUACUGGUCUAGGCGGUUUGUUACCGCCUCCUCCCCCUCCUCCGAAGCUCACUGCGUUCGAUACCUUGUUACCUCCACCGCCACCGUUGCCAGAAUUGCUCGUUGUGCCACCAGAAGAAGAGAUGAUCAUUCAUGAACCGGAUAAGAUUGAAGCGAAAACAAAGGAUGUGUCAAAAGUGUUAGCCCAACGAGCAAGCGCUCAAUUGGCUUUGACAACAAACCCUAACGAUUUCGAAGCGAUUCGAAUGCUGAAGGAAGCAGAUGAUCAGAUGGCUGCUUGGGCAGCUGCUAAAAAUCUGCCGGGAAAAUUCACCGGUUCUACUGGUCUAAACGUGCUCUCCUCUAAUGAAUUGCAACCACAAGAUCCACGGUUCAAUGCGUGGGUGAAGAAGGAUAUGUUCAAGAAUGCGCGUCCAUCUGUUGGGGGUGUGGGCAUGCGACUUAUGCAAAAAAUGGGCUGGCGGCCAGGUGAAGGCUUAGGUCCAGAUGGCAUGGGCAGUAUUGAACCAUUGGUGCUGGAUGUGAAGAAUGAUAGAAGAGGUUUGGUCGCGCAGGAAGAUCUCGGUAGCAAAACAGUUCCUGUGCCGAAAGCUAGUGGUGAUUCAGUAGCUCCAAAACAUCCAGUAUCAAUGGUUAUGGAACUUUGCACUAAACGUAAAUGGCCAACGCCCACUUUCGUCAGUCAUGAAUCUGGUCCGCCUAACGUCAGAGAGUUUAAAUGCACCGCGAUCGUAAAUGGUGUAGAGUAUACUUCAAAUGUCGUAUCCCGCAGCAAAAAGGACGCAAAAUCACUGGCAUGUCAAAUAGUUCUUCAAUCCCUCGGCCUUUUACCUCGUGAUCCGUUGUUACCGGUUGUUAUAUAA